CAAUGGCUAUUGUGCUCGCGGUGCGUUAUGUAAAUAUAGCCACGGGGAGGAUGCCGUUGUGCCUUCUCAGCUGUUUCCGAUGAAUGGCUCACCAAUACCUGGCGGCUCGAUGCCUUUCAUGCCAAUGUUUCCCGGCGUGAUGCCUUUUGGCAUGGGUGGUCAGGGUGCUGCUUAUGAUCCACAUCAGGCUCGCAUGGACAUGCGACCACCACCUAGUGGUCAUGCUGGACGGGGACAGAGACCUCCGCUUCUACAUAUGGCCCAGAAAGACGAAACGAUGCAAGAUGCCCAGACUAUACACGCUUCCGGUGAACUGCCUGUCAUUCAAGAUUUGACACCCAAGCCUCCUUCAGAACCAUCAUCUUCAGUCGACCCCGGAACGAAUUUGCAAAACAACAUGCCUGGUGAUGCCACAGGACCCGCGGGAGCACAACUGCCAUUGGAUACUCUGACUGAUGUUAAG